UUGAGAGGGGUAGCCUAUCCCACUGGGCACAGACGUCAAUUCAACAUCUAACAUAAUGUCAUUGAAAUGAUGUGGAAACAACGUUGAUUCAUUCAACCACUGCCCAGUGGUUAGCUAUUUAUGUAGUCUAUUGUCUUAGGUUUGUGGAAUAAAAACAUAACUCUAAUAUAGGCUAUGAAUGACGCAAAUAAAUACCUUCUACUAGAUUGUAAAGAAGCGGUUCUGCGGGGCCAGUCUUGGAACAACAGCGGUAAAGUCGGGUGUGAACCCGAGCUUUCAGCUCUUCAAGUCCGGGUGUCGCUCCAGGGUCGCGAGCUAUGGGAACAAUUUGGCGAUAUAGGAACUGAGAUGCUCAUCACCAAAACAGGAAGGCGUAUGUUUCCGAGCUGCAGUGUCACUGUGACAGGGUUGAAUCCUCAGGCAAAGUAUGUGUUGAUGAUGGACAUGGUCUCGUUUGAUGACGACAAAUACAAGUGGAGCAGGGAUCGCUGGGAAGUGAGUGGUAUGACCGAGUCACAUCUUCCCAACCGCUUCUUCAUCCACCCAGACUCUCCCUCCCUGGGGGAGAGGUGGAUGCAAUACCCCGUCUCGUUCCACAAGCUCAAACUCACCAACAACACCCUCAACUCCAAUGGCCUGGUGGUUCUUCACUCCAUGCAUAAGUACCAGCCCCGUCUGCACAUCGUCCAAUCUCCAGACCCCUACAACCCUCUGUCAGGGGGCUACCUGCGCUUUACCUUCCCCGAGGCAGCCUUCAUAGCUGUCACUGCCUACCAGAACUCAGAGAUAACAAAGCUCAAGAUAGACAACAACCCCUUUGCAAAAGGAUUUCGUGACAAUGGGCUGAACAGAAAAAGGUUCAGAGAAAAGGAAGGUCAGAGCUCCGAAAAACUAAAUGAAAGACAACUCCCGAUGGAAUUGAAAUCUUCAAAUGGAUCCAGACCAGUGGAGUCAGAUGAUGAGGCUGAUGUCAUCGUCUCAAGCUCUAGCUCAGCGAAUUCUUAUGGUGCAGCAGGAUCCAGGACUGAUGACAUCACGUCUCUCUCUGCUGCACAUAACCCCUUAAUCUCUGCCUUCAUGAACUGUGGCCAGGAGGGAUGGGGGCUCCAGGACACAAUGACCUACAACACCCACACAUACAACACACUUACUACCAGGGACUAUGGCAGCCCUGGGCAGCAUAACGAAGCCAGGCAUACUGGUUUAUCAAACGUUGCUUCUCCUCUCUUCCUCCCACACCCUCCACUGGGCCAGACUCACCACUUAGGGUCUGUUGGCUUCAGGAGGCCCCAGGCGCAGAGCAGGAAACCAGUGGGGCCUCACCCACCUCACCACCGAGGAGGUCCAAGUGGUCCAGCACCAGAACUCUCCCAUAGCCACAGCCACACAUCAGACCACCAGCCUCAGCAGCAGCAGCCACAGCCCCAUCAGGCUGAGUUUGACUACCCUCUCCCCCUGCCCCCAAAGGUCAGCAGGAUACACCUACCUGAGAGUGCCCUGCGUAGCCUGGAGAAGAGCCCCUCCCCCUCGGUGUCCGGCAGCCCUUGGUCCCUCACCGACAUGCUCAACAGGAUCCACAGCAGGGAAGGGUUUGGGAUCACCUCAGUGAGCCCCCAGGGGAAGCUGUUCCAUGCCCAGACCCAGUAUGAGAGGCCAGGCCUGGAGCUGGGGGUGAACAAGGAGCUCUGGCCACCACAGCCCAAUCAACCACUACCUGAUGAUGAGCCAGAGUACCUGCCUCUCCACAACAUGAUGCGCUACCACCAGAACAGCUUGAUUGGUUCUGCUGGGCUGCUAAGAGACAACUAUGUGGACCCUAGAGUGCCCUCCUGUAAGUCACCUAUGCUCGACCUAUAAGUGAUCUCUUGUUCAGUAAACACAACAGGUCAGGUAGACAUGAACAUUUUCCCCCACCACUUGUGGACAUCUAGCAACAUCCCUGGGUAGACUUGAGGCAAAUUAAUAUGCAAUAUUGAGUCAUGUAUAGUUAAUUUCUCUUUGCUAUGUUAGACGUUGCAAAAAAUAAAAUCCAUAUUUUUCAGUUGUAAAA